AUUAAUGCGAUAAACAAGACGAGCUUGGAAGCUCCCCCCACCUCUCCUUCCCUCCCCUCCCACUAGUCUGCUUCUGCUUCGCCGCAGAGUCUAUCUCGCUCUCUCACCCGCUACUUGCUCCGUCGUCUAUAUAUCUGCGCGAUAUAUAGUAGAUAAUAAAACCGAUUUCUCGAGCUCCUUCAUCCGCAGCGUGGGAUGGCGAAGCUCGGUGGGAAGGUGGGCCACCAAAUCGCUCGGUUUGGCGGGAACGGGGUGGGCCAGAUUCUGGCUGCAGCCGCCGUCGCCCUCCUUUUCCGCCUCUUCUCCGGCCCCGGCCCCGCCAUGCUGCCGGAGGAGGAAGAGGACGAGUUCCUGCCCGACGAGAAUGGUGAAGGGGAGGAAGGUAAGGCAGAUGACGAGAGCGGGGAAGCUCCGGUCGCUGGGAAAGUUUAUCCCGUCACUAUCCGAUGGGCCGGCAUCAGUUGCUCCAUCUCCGAUAAGUCGAACAAAUCAAUGAGGUUCUUGCUCAAGAAUGUGAGUGGAGAGGCGAAGCCCGGGAGGCUGCUUGCUCUAAUGGGAGCAUCGGGUUCGGGGAAGACCACUUUGCUCAAUGUUCUGGCGGGUCAGCUCGUAGCGUCUCCCCGGUUACAUUUGUCGGGUCUUCUUGAGAUCAACGGAAGGCCGAGGUCGAAUAAGUCCUACAAAUUUGCUUACAUUCGACAGGAUGAUCUUUUCUUCUCUCAGUUGACGGUGAGGGAGACGCUGUCUCUGGCUGCUGAGCUUCAGCUUCCAAAAACCUCUUCCGGUGAAGAGAGGGAUGAAUAUGUGAACAAUCUUCUGUUCAAACUUGGCUUGGUCAGCUGUGCUGAUACAAAUGUUGGUGAUGCAAAAGUCCGUGGCAUUAGUGGAGGUGAAAAGAAACGACUCUCGCUCGCUUGUGAGCUGAUUGCAAGUCCUUCAGUAAUUUUUGCAGAUGAACCCACAACAGGACUUGAUGCCUUCCAGGCUGAGAAUGUAAUGGAAACUCUUCGACAACUAGCACAGGAUGGCCAUACAGUGAUAUGCUCCAUACACCAGCCAAGAGGUUCUGUAUACUAUAAAUUCGACGACAUGAUACUGCUAAGCGAGGGUGCACUUGUCUAUGCUGGUCCUGCACGUGAUGAACCUCUCGCAUACUUCGCGAAGUUUGGGUACAGCUGCCCGGAUCAUGUGAAUCCUGCUGAAUUCUUGGCUGAUCUCAUUUCUAUAGACUACAGCUCUUCUGAAAGUGUGUAUUUUUCUCACAAGAGGAUAGAUGGUCUUGUUGAGUCAUUUGCACAGCAGAAUCCUCCAAUACUAUAUGCAACUACUCUGACCAGAAUGGACAAAUUCAAGGCUGGUAUAAUGUCUUCGAGAAAGGGAACUAUUGUUCAGAGAAAGGGAGGUUGGUGGAGACAAUUUUGGUUGCUGCUGAAACGCGCGUGGUUGCAGGCCUCUCGUGAUGGCCCAACAAAUAAGGUUCGUUCCAGGAUGUCAAUUGCAUCAGCAAUAAUAUUUGGAUCAGUAUUCUGGAGAAUGGGGAGGUCCCAGACUUCGAUACAGGAUAGAAUGGGAUUGCUUCAGGUUGCUGCAAUAAACACUGCGAUGGCUGCUCUUACAAAGACAGUGGGGGUAUUUCCAAAGGAGCGGGUUAUUGUGGACAGAGAGAGAGCAAAAGGAUCCUAUGCGUUGAGCCCUUAUCUUCUUUCAAAACUGCUAGCUGAGAUUCCUAUUGGGGCAGCAUUUCCUCUGAUGUUUGGUGCUGUAUUGUACCCCAUGGCUCGUCUUCAUCCAUCUUUAUCCAGGUUUGGGAAGUUCUGCGGGAUUGUGACUGCGGAAUCCUUUGCCGCUUCUGCCAUGGGCCUAACUGUGGGUGCUAUGGUCCCUACCACCGAAGCGGCAAUGGCCCUGGGGCCUUCACUCAUGACAGUUUUCAUCGUGUUUGGUGGCUAUUACGUAAAUGCAGACAACACGCCAAUCAUCUUUCGAUGGAUUCCCCGUGUUUCUCUCAUAAGAUGGGCAUUUCAGGGGCUUUGCAUCAAUGAAUUCAAGGGUCUUCAAUUUGAUCACGAGCAACCUUUCGAUAUUCAAACUGGAGAACAGGCCCUCGAGAAGUUCUCUCUUGGGGGGAAAUGCAUUAGCGAAACAGUAAUAGCUCAGAGCAGAAUACUGCUCGUUUUCUAUUGCACCACUUACCUUCUGCUUGAGAAGAACAAACCCAAGUACCAGAAGCUCGAGCCACUGCCAGUCAACCAAUCAGAGCCAUUGUCAGAGCUAGAUAAGAUUAAGUUCGAGGUUGACAAGAAAUCCCAGGAACUAGAGCCACCUGCUGAUGAUGUCGAAUUGAAGCCACAGCAGCAGCAGCAGCAGCAGCAACUCGAAGAACCUUCGUCUCCAACUUCGGAUCAAAUCCGACCAUUUAUCCUAGAAGGUGGUGCUAAGUAAAAAGGGGAGGGAAGGGAAGGGAUGCAUGAGAAUUUGCAAUAAUGGAGGGGCUUCGUAUGCUCUAUUUUAUACCAUAGAGCUUUGUCCAGUGAAUACUCUAAAUAAGGCUCUGAAUAGUUUAGCAAUAGAACCAAAACCGAGCGACUCUAUCAUCAUAUGAGCUGUAAUUGGUGAUGUUGCUAUAUGCUAAGAGAAGGGAUGUUCUUGACCUGUAUUUGCGUAUAGAAGCUCUGUCGUAUCAUCCAUCAUGUUACUGACAACACUUUGUAUUGUGAACUCGACUGGACCCAAUUGGUGGGCGGAUUGUUCGUGGCGGGAGGUUAGCGAUUGCCUAUUGCGGGGCUACACUGUUGGAUAUCGGAAUGCUGACUUCUAUAAGAA